AUGUUACCCCCUACCACUGCCCUGUCCCUCGCCCUCCUCACGGCCCCCCUCCUCUGCCUCCUAGCGAACCCCGUUCAAGCCGGCUGCUAUGGCCACACUGGCGACCACGGGUCCACCGGCUCUUCCGACCUCGCCUUCCAUCACAUUGAUGUCUCUUGUCACGACCCAAAUGGUGGCCUACAAGGCUACUAUGGCCCAUCAUCUUGGAAGGGCUUCUGCGCGGACCACAUCUGGUUCAGUAUUGACAACCUGAAUGGCAACGCUGGCUUCGACCUGAACGACGACGACUGUGAGCGGGAGAUGAACAAUGUCGUUCUGUCGUGCAGCCAGAACCGGGGCGGAGAUCUCGAGUACUUGUGGGGUGGGGAAUUUGAGAAGGCUGGGUGGAAAUUUCGGUGA